UUUCAACUAUCGGGAGGAGUGUACUGGAUGCCAAGCGAAAGAAUUCAAGGAAGGUGGAGAAAUGGCCGUAGCUGGUCUCUACCGCAGGAUUCUCCCGUCGCCUCCCGCCAUCGAGUUCGCAUCAGCCGAAGGGAAGAAGCUCUUCAAAGUGGAACCAUGGAAGGAUUUUUUAAGCUGAUUUCCUAUUUCCAAACACAGUCUGAGCCUUCCUACUGUGGUUUAGCAAGCCUGUCUAUGGUUCUGAAUGCUCUCUCAAUUGAUCCAGGACGAAAGUGGAAAGGUCCAUGGAGGUGGUUUGAUGAGUCCAUGCUAGAUUGCUGUGAACCUUUGGAGAAAGUGAAAACUGAAGGGAUCACAUUUGGAAAACUUGCAUGCUUGGCUCACUGUUCUGGAGCUGAAGUUAAGUCUUAUAACACAAAACAAACUUCUCUGGAAGUUUUUCGUGAUCAUAUUAUUAGAUCCACUUCUUCAGAGGAUUGUCAUUUGAUCACUUCGUACCAUAGGAAACCGUUUAAGCAGACAGGUAGCGGUCAUUUUUCUCCCAUCGGUGGUUAUCAUGCUGGUCGUGAUAUGGCACUAAUCUUGGAUGUUGCCCGCUUUAAAUAUCCACCACAUUGGGUUCCGCUUACACUACUUUGGCAGGCUAUGGACACAAUAGAUGAAGCAACUGGACAUUAUAGAGGGUUUAUGCUUAUUUCAAAGUUUCAGAGUGCUCAAUCUCUGCUUUUUACUCUGAGCUGCAGGCAUGAGAGCUGGUUCAGUUCUGCAAAAUACUUGGUUGAAGAGCUCCCAAUUCUCUUAAAGUCUGAAAGCUUGCACAGUGUCACUGAUGUUCUUUCAUUUGAAUCUCUUCCCACAAAUGCUGAAAAUUUUAUCAAAUGGAUGGCUGAAGUAAGGAGGAAAGAGGAAGAUAGAGACAGUUCAUUCUUGAGUGAAGAGGAAAAGACAAGGCUUGCUGCGAAGGAAGGAUUAUUGCAACAAGUACAUGAGACUAAACUGUUCAACAUCGUGCGGGAUUGGUUAUCAUCAUGUUGUUCAAAUGCUCUAUCUUGCUGUGAUAACCUAUCUUUCUCCGAAAUUGCAGCCAGUGUCUGUUGCCAAGGGGCAAUAUUGUUGGGUGGAGGCAUCAGAGAGGACAAAGGUCUCUGUUGUCAAUCAACUUGUGUUAAAUGCUUGAAUCCAAAUGAGCAAAAACCUGUUACUAUUGUCUCGGGAUCAGUGAUUUCUGGUAAAACUGAACAAAAGGUUGAUAUGCUGGUGCCCUUAUCACCGUCAACAUCUUUAUCGUCUUCAAAUUUAAGAAGUUUUUGCAGUUCUGCUUCGGAUAAUUGUUUCGUAAUGCACCCUGGAAGUAAUGAUGUUUUCACCGUCUUGCUAUUGGCGCUGCCUUCGGAUACUUGGAUGGGUGUCAGAGAUGAGAAACUUCUAGCUCAAAUUUUUGAUCUAGUAUCGACCGAGAAACUUCCGGAUGUUCUUCAACAGGAGGUUUUGCAUUUGAGGCAGCAGCUCAGUUUUCUCGUUAGAUGCAAAGGAUGUAGGAAAUGAGAUUUAUGAGCCAAAGAACAGAGAUUGCUAUUAAUUUAUAGCUUAAGUUGUUCUAAAACAUGAGAGAUUUGCUCUGAAGAAUAAAUCAAGGCAGAAAACAAGAAGAUUUGCAUGGGCAAGAUCCGGCCGCUGCUGUCUGAAAUGUCGUGGAACACCUCGUUCUACUUGUUCAAUAUCUGCCAUGAAAACCAUGGUUUAUACGGACUAUAUGCACAUAAAUAUUUCUUACAACUGCUUUGAGUGCUUUCUUAUUGGAAUCAUCAAUUUUUUGGAAGAUUUACAUAUAUUAUUUCGUAAGGUUUUUGAUGCAUUGAUGCUAUUUUUUGGAAAGAUUUACCACUCCAUUCCAAUGUAUUUACAUAUCUAGCACCU